AAACCCUUCCUCUCCCCACCUUCAUAUCAUGCAUUCCCACCCCACUCUCUUCUCACAAUUCACAUGGACACUAACCAUUCCCGCAGGCAGCUUGCUGCAAUGAAACAGUCCCUCUUUGAUCAGGGAUUGCUGGAUGAACAAUUUAUACAACUGGAAGAGUUGCAGGAUGAUGCAAAUCCUAACUUUGUUGAGGAAAUUGUGACUCUUCACUACCGUGAUUCAUCACGGCUUAUCUCAAGCAUAGAGCAGGCUCUCAAAGAGAGGAAUCUGGAUUUCAACAAGCUGGACACACUUAUGCAUCAGUUCAAAGGAAGCAGUUCAAGCAUAGGAGCCAAAAAGGUGAAAGCAGAGUGCAAUUUGUUCAGGGAAUAUUGCAGGGCAGGAAAUGCAGAAGGAUGCAUGAGGAGCUUCCAACAAUUGAAAAAAGAACAUGCUGCACUGAGAAAGAAACUUGAAGCUUAUUUUCAGUUGGCGAGGCAAGCUGGACCCCGCGAAACAGCAUGUCGCUCCAAAUGAAGACCUAAUGAAAAAUAUGCAUAAUAAGGCAAAUGUAAUUGGUGAAAUUUGUAUCAUAGAAAAAUAUAUGUAUUUAUAUAUAUUCACCAUAGGAAAGUGAUGUUCGCCCUUUUCAGAUAUUUUGUUUCAGAAUAUCAGUUUUGUUUUCAAAUGUUA